UCAACUGAAACGAAAAAUUACUUUAUUUAUAUUAAGUAUUUAUUUGCUUCAUUUAUAUCAUAUAAAAUGAUUGUGCGGAUUUGUUCGGUUAAUUUUGGUCAAAUAUACGCGAUACGUACCGAUAAAGAUAUCGCACUUGUGUCAGAGCGGAAAAUGUUGUGGGAGUUGCGUCCCUUGACACGAACCCGCCAUAUUGAAACUAUAGACGCUGAUCAGCAGGCGACAGAAACAUCGAAUAAACAACGCGUAAAUAUGGUGUUGUGUGCGGCCCCAAACUGCAAUGUUCAAUAUGGACAGGGGUUAGCAAUGUUCAAUUUCCCUACAGACACAAAGAAUUGUGAAGUUUGGGUAAGAAAAUUAAAAACAGUGGAUUAUUGGCCGUCGAAACACUCCAAGCUGUGCGAACGUCAUUUUACAGAGGACUGUUUCGUAAUUGAGCCGUCUAAGGCACGGUCUUUGGGUUACUCAAGACUACAACUAAAGAAAGAGGCAAUUCCAACUGUCUUUAAUUACACGCCGUUACAUGUACCUAAAGGCCAAAAACGGAAAACAGAUUCAGACCCUCCCCUUCCAAAACAAAAAAGCAGAACCUCCAGAGCUGUGGAGAAAAGAGGAACCACGAAGGUAUAUUUCAAUAUAGAUCAUAUUAAACAUAUUGGCUAUUUUAUUGACAUUAAUCCAGUAAUACUCGGUUCAUUUUAUUUGUUUUUUACACACAACCUUACCACCACGUAAUUCUUUUAAAAGGACUAAAGCUUACUUUUAUUACCCCCCCCCCUCCCCCUUGCCAGUCACACGAAUUAUUCUUCACCGAAACUUACUUUUAUCAAUUUGUUUGUAGGAGUUAGAAAUUGAUGAGAAUGUACAAGUCAUUCUUCCUCCACCUCCCCAAUUCCAAGACAACCAAGAGUGUGCAUCUACUGAUGAGCCUGCCAUUCACAAUGACAUUGGGACAGACACAUAUGAAAUGGCUACACAAACCACAUAUGGAUUGAUUAAACGCAGGCAUGUCUCAUUACAGACAGAUAUAAGAGUCGCUGUAACAUCUACAGGUACCCAAACAGAAUUUGAGACAGACUGUUUACCUGUCAAUCUGAACGAAAGCAUGGACUCAAUUUCCAGCCUCGAGUCAACAGAGUCAGAGUGGAUCCCACAAGAGGAGGUGGAUAUGACAGAAAAUGACGAAAACAAUAAUCCCCACGACAUAACCGUACCACCACAAAAUCACCAAAGCAGAAAAUUUGUUGUUUUUGAAGAGUGCCUUGAUCAGCUUUUGAACCAAUGUGUUGCAUGUGGUCAAAAAUGUGUAACUAACAAGACUGUUGUUGGGAGUAUGCUGUCUGUGUCAAGAAUAUGUGUUUGUGGUGAAAGUUUUACAUGGGAAUCUCAACCUCUCAUUGGAUCAAUGCCUGUUGGAAACCUUGUCCUGUCUGCUGCAAUUCUGAUAAGUGGGAACAGUGUAGUUCAAAAUUUGAUGAUGUUUAAUCAUGCGAACAUAGCAUGCUUUUCAGAAAGGACAUUUCAUAAUGUUCAACAAAGUUACUUGGUGCCAGCCGUAGAGCGGAUAUGGAAAGCUCAUCAGGAUGCCCUUUUUGAUAACAUACGACGAGACAACACUCCUGUUAUUGUUGGUGGAGAUGCUAGAUGUUGUUCACCGGGGCAUACAGCCAAGUAUGGAUCAUACAGUUUGAUGGAUCUUGAACGGCAACAUAUCCUUGAUGUAAAAUUGGUUCAGAGUAAUGAAGUAAAAAGUUCCUACUGGAUGGAAUUGGAGGGCCUAAAGAGAUGUUUGAACAAAGUGGAGGAGGAUGGCAUUGUCAUUACAGACUUAGUUACUGACAGGCAUUCACAGGUCAAGGCUUUCAUGAAGAAAGAGAGAAGUGAUGUAAACAACUGGUUUGAUGUGUGGCAUGUAGCCAAAGGAGUAUUCAAGAAAUUAGAAGCCAGUGGCAAGAAGAAGAAAUGCAAGAAAGUGGCUGACUGGGCUAGAUCUGUUUCCAAUCAUCUAUACUGGUGUGCGGCUAGUAGCAAUGGAAAUGGGGAGUUGGUAUUGGAGAAAUGGUUGUCUGUACUGAACCAUGUUGCCAACAUUCAUGACGGUCAUGGAAAGCUGUUUCCUUCCUGUUUACAUGGUGAACUUGAAGACAGAGACUGGAUUAAGCAAGGUAGUUUGGCUUUCAUGGAAAUGGAGAAAGUUGUUAAAGGCAGACUUUUGGUGAAGGAUAUUAAGCAGAUAUCUCCAGCUGAACAAACUUCAGCACUUGAGGCCUACCACAAGAUAGUGUGUCACUUUGCACCCAAGUCCCUCCACUUCUUUUAUGCACCAAUGAAGGCCAGGUUGUACAUAGCAGCUUUGCACUUCAAUGAGAACUCUUGUCGUGAUCAGGCCAAAAACAGACAUGGAGAACCCAUAUUUGCUGUGUCCUACCCAAAAGGAAGACAUGGAAGUGGUGUUCCUAAGGAAGUGAAAGUGAAACACACAUAUAAUUAUGCCAUUGAAUUGAUGCAGGAAGCGAUCAAUGUGAAACUAGAAUUUGGUUCCUACAGAAACUCCAGGAAGUUUAUAGUGGAUGUGAUUGGUAAUUCUCCUGCUCCGAUUGCGAACUCCUACAAACAUGUGUCAAAGUCUGAUCUUCUUACCAGCCAUGUCAGCCGCUUCAAUAAGAACUGAUGUUUUAUUGUUUUUGAAAUACAGUGUACAUGCAUGCGUCCAUACAGUCUAUUUUUGAUGUCCAUGGUUUUUUUUUUUAAAAUAUACAUGUUUGUAACUUUUAAUUUUGUUGUCACUAGCCACUCAAGUGACCUAUUGCAUUUGGUUUGUGUUUGUCAUUGUGCAUCAACAAUUGAACAAUUUUAACUUUUCUUGAUAACUACCAUUCCAAUACUUUUCAAAUUCUGAAUGAAGUAUAUUUUGGAUUUGUGGGACAAGACAAAAACUGCCAAAAAUUAACUAAUUUUAAAAAUUCCUUUUCUCUACAACCUCACAUUUGUAACAUGUAUAAGAAUAACUGGAGGCAUAGCAGAAAAGCCUCUACCAAAAUUUUAAAUUUCAUUAUUCCCUGGGUAGAUAAAUAUGAAAAUUAGAAAAAUUACUAUAGAUUUCAAAGCUCUUGGGCCUAGUGAUACUUUUAAUUAAAACUCAGGUGACUUAUGAGGCCUGUGGGCCUUUUGUGUUUAACCCAAAUUAAAUUAAUGAUGAUUGAUAUACAUAUAUGCACAAUAUAAAAACUGAACAUCAAA